GUUUGUGGAGCUGCAAGAGAUCUCCACAACAGGUGCUCGAAGUUGGACAGCCUUCUCCAUGGAUGGCAUUCAGCACCUGGUGGUGGCCAAUGAGCGUGAUAGCAGUUCCAAGAUCUACAAAUCGAACGAUGCCAGCAGCAACUUUCUGCAGAUGCAGAGCGUUCCCACCAAAGGCGCUCGCGAUUGGACAGCCUUCUCCAUGAAUUGCAUUCAGCACCUAGUGGUGGCCAAUGGGUGGAGUGGCAGCUCUUGGAAUGUUGACUCUAAGGUUUACAAGUGGGACGAUACCAGUAGCACCUUUUUGGAGAUGCAGAGCAUUCCCACCUCAGGCGCUCAAGGUUGGGCAGCCUUCUCCAUAAAUGGUAUUCAGCACUUGGUGGUGGCUAAUAUUUAUGAUGGCUUCUCUCACAAUAUUGACUCUAAGGUUUACAGGUGGAACGAUACCAGCAGCACCUUUUUGGAGAUUCAGAGCAUCCCUACCAAAGGCGCUUACGAUUGGGCAGCCUUCUCCAUAAAUGGUAUUCAGCACUUGGUGGUGGCUAAUACUUAUGAUGGCUUCUCUCACAAUAUUGACUCUAAGGUUUACAGGUGGAACGAUACCAGCAGCACCUUUUUGAAGAUUCAGAGCAUCCCUACCAAAGGCGCUCGCGAUUGGACAGCCUUCUCCAUGAAUGGCAUUCAGCACCUGGUGGUGGCCAAUGAAUAUGAUGGCAGUUCCUACAACAUUGAAUCCAAGAUCUACGUAUGGAACGAUGCCAGCAGCAUCUUUUUGGAGAUGCAGAGCAUUCCCACCUCAGGCGCUCAAGGUUGGACAGCCUUCUCCAUGGAUGGCAUUCAGCACCUGGUGGUGGCCAAUUGGUAUGAUGGCAGUUCCUACAACAUUGAGUCCAAGAUCUACAGAUGGGACGAUGCCAGCAGCACCUUUUUGGAGAUGCAGAGCGUUCCCACCAAAGGCGCUCGCGAUUGGACAGCCUUCUCCAUGAAUGGCAUUCAGCACCUGGCUGUGUCCAAUUGGUUCGAUGACAGUGUUGAUUCUUACACCACCUAUUCCAAAGUCUACAUUUGGGCUCCCUCUGGCCUGGCAGCGACUGACUUGGCUUUUGAGGAUGUAAGGUCCUGGUCAUUGGCCGCCCUGGGCGGCUACCUGGUUGCUUUGUCGGUGCCCAUCUUCAUGGCCAAGAUGUCCGGACAGGCCGGCUCGCGACCCCGGCAGUCCAUCGAAGAACCCCAGACGGUCGGAAGUUCCGUUGAAGAAGGUCCAGACUAUCUGGCUGAACCGGCAGGUUCAGUAGUGCACGCGGAUGCAGCGUCAGCAGGCCCAGCAGUUCAUGGAGUUGAAGCCAAACAGUCGGAAGGAACACCCCUAGCUCAAGAAGGGCAGGCUUCUACGCAGAAGCUCUCGCCAAAUCUCAGACUUCCCGAAACAUUUUCCGGGGCACGCCAGCUCAUAAAGAAGUCUAAGUAUUUCCUGGCGGUGAAGAUGCUUCUGGAGUCCGGGGCCGAGACAGCAGAGCUUCCAGCUUGUCAUGCCUUGCUGGCCGCGAACGCCCUGUGCGAAGCAGAUGCAGAGGCGGACGACGGCAGCUGCGUCGUGCCACAGGAGUUGGACAACUGUGCCGAUUUCGAUGUGUACAAGAUGGAGCCGUUGGCCUGUGGAGCGAUCGGAUGCAAAGCCCUACGCCACAUUCUCUGGAUAGCCGCUGUGAUGUCGUUCGGUGCAACCUUUGCAUGGAACGCCAGAUUCUAUGCUAGCAGCCUUCGAAGACUACAGCCAGACGAGGGCCAGCGGCUGCGUAUCAGUUUCAAAGCGCUGUUUGCCUUCCUUGCCUCCUUGCUGGUGACCACCACCCUCGUUGGAUUUGCUGGUGGCAGUGCGGCAGUCUUGGCAAUGGCCUUGCUGUGCCCUCUGCUGCCGGUGUGUGCCUGGGUGCUGGCCGCAUGGCUGGCUUCCCUUCCGGCGAAAGGCAAAGAGGCGAUCGUGAAUCAAGCGGCAGCUCUGGAGCUUCCAGUAUUCAAUGUGUUCGUCGCUCUGAAUUUGAGGCCAAUAUAUCUGGUUAGCAUUAUAUAG